AUGGACCAUGGGGAGGUGGAAGCUGGGUCCAAGGAAGAUGAAGGACAUGGCUUCAUCCCUUUGGUUCUUCAGCUACUUGCCUACCUGUUUUUGGUUGGGCUGCUGGUGAUCACACUUGCCCAAGUCUCCAACAUUUCCAGUUCCAAGGAUCAGGAGAAAAUCUACCAGGAACUGAUCAAGGUGAAGACUGAAGACCAUGAUGGCUUAUGUCAACUCUGUCCCAGAGACUGGACGUUCUUCCACAAAAACUGUUACUUCUUCUUCAACUCCCAAUGGAACUGGCAGGACUCCAUCACCGCCUGUCAGGUAGUAGCAGCCCAAUUAGUCAUCAUAGAAACCGAAGAGGAGCAGACCUUCCUGCAGCAGACUUCUAAGGCUAAAGGACCAACCUGGAUGGGGAUGUCAGACUUGCACAAUGAAGACACAUGGCACUGGGUAGAUGGUUCGCCUCUGUCUUCCAGAUUUCAGCAGUACUGGAACAGAGGGGAACCCAACAAUGUCAGGGAUGAAGACUGUGCAGAAUUCUCUGGAAAUGGCUGGAAUGAUGCCUUGCGUGAAAACAGAAACUUCUCCAACCUUGGAAAUUUAAUAUAA